UCUUCUCGUUUUCUGGAUCUUUGGCUUCGUCUGUGUUCGUCUUGAUCACGUUAUUGUGUUCUUCUUCUUCGUCGACUCAGUGCUUGGUUACAGUUUCUGUAUUUCUUCCUCUCUCUGGUUUUCUCUGAUUUGAUCUUUGUUAUGGAUUCUAGCUAUGUUGUCAAGUUUAUUUAUUCUGGUGAAGCAGCGACAGUUCCAUUGUUGCAUAAUUGGUCGUUUGUUGACCUAUGCAAUUCAAUACGCUCUCGUUUUCCGGAUUUGAUUCAAGGAAAUUUCAUGUUGAGGUACAUUAUUCCUCCGGAUUCUAGUUCAUGUUUUCUAGAGAGUGAAGUUGAUAUGAGAAUGAUUUUUAGGAAUUUGGUUCGUUACAAUUCUGAUUUCGUUGAAGUGUUUGUGACUGAUUUGCCUUCUAUUAGUGAAAGCGUGGUGAGUAAUACAAUGUGUGAGGAUUCUAGUACCAUGCUUGAGGAGAAUGAUUAUUUGGGGUGUUAUAGGGCAGAGGCACCGAAGAGUUAUAUGACGAAAGGUUGGGAGAGUUAUAUUCAUUCUGAAGGCCAAAAGUUUGAGGGUGGGGUUGUUGAGUUUAGAGAUAAGCUGCGUAAGUAUGCCAUAGAAAUUGGUUUUUCAUAUGAGUUUGUUAGAAAUGACACGGUUCGUGUUAUUGCUCAGUGUUCUAAGAAACAUUCUCAGGGCUGCAAUUGGCUUGUGAAGGCUUAUUUAUGCAGGGUUAAUGGUUUCUUUAUGAUUAAAAGGUUGGUUAAUGUUCACACUUGUCAUGGUGUGAUUCGUUUGCAGAAGAGUAAGAUGAUGGGAUCCAAGGUUGUCAAGUCUAUUGUGCUUGAUAAGAUUCGUGCGAAUCCAAACAAAAAGCCAAUUGAUAUAGCUGAUGAGAUCAAGAGUGAUUAUGGUUUGGAUGUUCCUUAUCGUACUGUUUGGUAUGGUACGGAGUUGGCAAAAACAGCCCUGCAUGGUGAUGAAGCUGAGUCUUAUUCUCAGCUACUUUGGUUCAGUGAGUCUGUUAUGAAGUCAAACCCCGACUCUAGGAUAGUGGUUGAGUUUCAUCAAGAAACACACAGGUUUCAGCGUAUGUUUGUGACCUAUGGUGCAUGGAUGAAGGGUUUCCAAUUUUGUAGACCUAUUCUUUUCAUUGAUGCUACAUUCAUUACCAACAAGUACAAGGGGCAGAUUAUUGCUGCAUCGGCAAAGGAUGCCAAUCAAGGCUUGUAUCCAGUUGCUUAUGCUAUUGUCGAUUCUGAAAAUGAGAGUAAUUGGAGAUUUUUUCUUGAGGUUUUGGCUGAAGAGUUUGCAAAACACCCUAUGAGGAGGGUGACGUUCAUUUCUGAUCGUCAUGUUGGGCUUCUUAGUGCUUUCCCUAGUGUGUUUCCCAAUAAUCCACAUGGGUUUUGUUUUAGACAUCUGAUGGCUAACCUUUCUGACAAAUUUUCAGCUGGUUCUUACCUUAAGGAUCGGAUUCCUUACUUGUUUAUGUGUUGUGCUUAUUCUCGCACACCGGAGAUGUAUGAGUUCAACAUGGAAAUCUUGAGGAGUGAAGGUGGCGACAUAGUUGCUCAAUUUCUGGAGGAUCUUCCGAAGGAGAACUGGUGUAUGGCGUACUUUAACGGCGAAAGAUUUGGUGAAAUGACAAAUAACUUGGCUGAGUCUUUCAAUAAUUGGGUGUUGCCUUUGAAGAGUCUUCCUAUUCUUGAUAUUAAUGAUGGGAUUAGAGUGAAGUCCAUGGCUUCAAUUGCUGCUCGGAAGCAGGAUGCUCAAGAAUGGUUCUCUGAGUUGUGCCCGGUGAUUGAAAAGAAGCUGAAGGAGAAUUUGGAUGUCGGAAGGCAUUGGAGAGUGAGCAGAUCUGAUACCUAUGUGUAUGAAGUUCACUGCCAGAAGUACAAUAGCAUGGUAAAUUUGGAAACUCACUUUUGUUCUUGUGGAGAAUGGCAGCUGUAUGGCUUCCCAUGUUCCUAUGCCCUUGUAGUGAUCCAACAACAUGGUUCUUCCCCAUAUUUGUAUGUCAAUGAGCUGUACAAGGUGGAGAAAUAUCGAGAAACUUAUUCUUUCCCAAUUAAUCCUCUUCCCUCUAUUUCGAAGCAAGUGCAUGAUUUUGGUAGAGAUGCGGUGAUGUUGCAGCCUCCUUUGACUAGAAGACCACCGGGAAGGCCUAGAAAGAAGAGGUUCAGAAAAAGGAGCGAGCAAACCAGGGUGAUCAAGUGUGGUAGGUGCGGAAAAUGUGAUGGUCACAACAGAAAGAGUUGUACAGCUCCGAUAUAG